AUGGGCAUAGCCCAAUUUGAUGACAAUGAAAACAAUAGUGGAGAUAUAAGUCAUUCCCUAAAUACUAAUAACGACGGCGAACAUCCUGCUACUUUUCGUAUCUGUUGUAUUGGUGCUGGUUACGUAGGUGGUCCAACUUGUGCCAUCAUAGCUUCAAAAUGUCCACAUAUAACCGUAACUGUUGUUGAUAUAUCAUCUGAGAGAAUAGCUGCUUGGAAUUCAGAUUCAUUGCCAUUGUUUGAGCCUGGUCUCGAAACAAUUGUCAAAAAACUUCGAAAUCAUAAUCUGUUUUUUUCGACAGAUACAAAAAAAGCCAUUCGAGAAGCGGAUUUAAUAUUUAUUAGUGUGAAUACUCCAACAAAAUCCUAUGGUUUUGGAAAUGGUCGUGCACCUGAUUUAAGAUAUGUUGAAGAAGCAGCUCGUCAUAUUGCAGAAACAGCUACUAGCAAUAAAAUUGUUGUUGAAAAGUCGACUGUGCCGGUUAAAGCAGCUGAAUCAAUUAAAACUAUUUUACAAACAAAUAAACAACCUGGAGUAUUAUCGAAUCCAGAAUUUCUAGCUGAAGGUUCAGCUAUCGCAGAUUUAUUAGCACCUGAUCGUGUAUUGAUUGGCGGUGACGAUAGCGUUGAAGGUUUAUUAGCCGUCCAAAAACUCAGUUGGAUAUAUGAACAUUGGGUACCGAAAGAGAAGAUUCUAACAACAAACACAUGGUCAUCAGAAUUAUCAAAAUUGGCAGCAAAUGCAUUCCUUGCCCAACGUAUAUCAAGCAUAAAUACAAUAUCAGCUGUGUGUGAAGCAACAGGUGCCAAUGUGGCUGAAGUAGCGAAAGCUGUUGGACUUGACUCAAGAAUAGGAUCAAAAUUUCUGAAUGCGAGUAUUGGUUUUGGUGGUAGUUGUUUUCAAAAAGAUGUUUAUAAUCUGAUUUACUUGGCUGAAUCUCUCUAUUUGGAACCAGUUGCUCAAUAUUGGUUACAAGUAAUUAAAAUUAAUGAUUGGCAACGUGAAAGAUUCGCUCAGACAAUUGUACAAAAUUUAUUUGGUAGUGUUAGCGGAAAAAAAUUAGCUAUUUAUGGUUUUGCAUUUAAAAAUAAUACGGCUGAUACAAGAGAAUCUUCGAGUAUUUACGUAUGUCGAUAUUUAUUAGCUGAAGGCGCCACAUUAUCAAUUUAUGAUCCAAAAGUAACAUCCGAACGAAUAUUUUUAGAUUUAUCAGAACAAACAGGGAAAACGGAAAAAGAAUUAAGUCAAGUUGUAACAAUAGCGAAUGAUUCAUAUGAGGCAGCCAAAGAAGCACAUGCUAUUGUUGUUUGUACAGAAUGGGAAGAAUUUAAGAAAUUAGAUUAUGAACUAAUUUAUAGUACAAUGAAAAAGCCUUCAUUUAUCUUUGAUGGUCGUAUUGUAUUAGAUCAUGAUGCAUUAAUGGCAAUUGGUUACAGUGUGUUUUGUAUUGGUAAAAAACCGCCUAGAAAUCAAGUACUGCCUAGAAGUCCACUUUAA